CGGUCGUUUCCCUAUCAUCUCUGUUCGGUUCAGUUGAAAUCUGAAAUCUCAAAGAAAUGGAGAGGGCUAUGGCGAUUCUGGUGGUCGCCGUUCUGAUCUUACUUUGUGGAAGCCAAGUGAGAUCCGAUGCUUCCAGUCAUCGCUACAAAGCUGGAGAGGCCGUUCCGCUCUACGCCAACAAGGUCGGCCCCUUCCACAACCCCAGCGAAACCUACCGGUAUUUCGAUCUUCCAUUCUGCGUGCCAGCUCAUCUUAAAGAGAAGAAAGAAGCUCUUGGUGAGGUGUUGAAUGGAGAUCGUCUUGUCAGUGCUCCAUACAAACUUGACUUCCUAAGAGAGAAAGACUCUGAAGUUGUUUGCAAAAAGAAGCUUAAAAAAGAAGAAGUUGCUCAGUUCCGAGCUGCAGUUGCUAAGGACUAUUACUUCCAAAUGUACUAUGAUGACUUGCCAAUAUGGGGUUUUAUUGGAAAGGUUGACAAGGAGGGCAAAGCUGACCCAAGCGAGUACAAAUAUUUCUUGUACAAGCACAUUCAAUUUGAUAUUCGUUAUAACAAGGAUCGUGUGAUUGAGAUCAACGCCCGAACCGACCCUCAUUCUAUGGUUGACGUGACAGAUGAUAAGGAUGUUGAUGUGGAGUUCAUGUACACUGUCAAAUGGACAGAAACUGAUGCUCCUUUUGAGAAGAGGAUGGAGAAGUACUCUCAAACUUCUUCAAUGCCACAUCACUUGGAGAUUCAUUGGUUCUCAAUUAUAAACUCUUGCGUGACAGUACUCCUCUUAACUGGGUUUCUCGCGACGAUUCUCAUGCGAGUCCUUAAGAAUGAUUUUAUUAAGUAUGCUCAUGAUGAAGAAUCAGCUGAUGACCAAGAAGAAACUGGAUGGAAGUACAUUCAUGGUGAUGUAUUCCGGUACCCAAAGUACAAAUCCUUGUUUGCUGCUGCUCUUGGAUCUGGCACCCAGUUGUUUACACUUACGGUGUUCAUUUUUAUACUUGCAUUAGUGGGUGUAUUUUAUCCAUACAACCGAGGAGCACUUUUCACUGCACUGGUGGUCAUCUAUGCUCUUACAUCUGGCAUAGCAGGAUACACAGCAACCUCUUUCUAUUGUCAGCUAGAAGGAACCAACUGGGUUAGGAAUCUGCUGCUGACAGGAUGCCUUUUCUGUGCUCCUCUGUUCCUUACAUUCUGCUUCCUUAACACUGUUGCAAUUAUUUACAGUGCAACUGCAGCACUCCCCUUUGGCACAAUUGUGGUAAUUGUCCUUAUAUGGACAUUAGUGACAUCACCAUUGCUUGUGUUGGGUGGGAUUGCUGGGAAAAAUAGCAAGGCUGAAUUCCAAGCUCCUUGCCGCACUACAAAGUAUCCGCGAGAGAUUCCGGCACUGCCUUGGUACAGGAGCACUAUUCCUCAGAUGGCAAUGGCAGGGUUUUUGCCUUUUAGUGCCAUCUACAUUGAGCUUUACUACAUAUUUGCUAGUGUAUGGGGUCACAGGAUCUACACCAUAUACAGCAUCCUGUUUAUCGUCUUCAUUAUUCUUCUGAUAGUCACAGCUUUUAUUACUGUGGCCCUGACGUACUUUCAACUUGCUGCUGAAGAUCAUGAAUGGUGGUGGAGGUCUUUUCUUUGUGGUGGAUCCACAGGCUUGUUUAUCUAUGGCUACUGCUUGUAUUAUUACUAUGCACGGUCAGAUAUGUCAGGUUUCAUGCAAACUUCGUUCUUCUUUGGGUAUAUGGCUUGCAUCUGCUAUGGCUUCUUCCUCAUGCUUGGAACUGUAGGUUUUCGUGCAUCAUUGCUCUUUGUUCGUCAUAUAUACAGGUCUAUCAAGUGUGAGUAGUGGUAGGUGGUAUUCCAGGCAAAUUCUUCUGUCUUUAUAUUCUAUAUAAAUUGUCGUAGAGAAAGGUCUAUGAUUUUUGUUAUUAGAAGGUAGUUUGGAGAGUGCCUCAGAUUUCAGAAGAAGCUAAUGUGAUAAUGAAGAAUACUUUCGCAAAUGGGCCUCCUAAAUCCAUGUCCAAGUGUUUGCUUGGCUUCCUGAAAGCUGUUGCACAAUAAAGGAUCACUUGAUGUUAGUGUGGUAUCUGUAAUCUGAGACAAUUUUAUUUGGGGUAGAUGUUUGUAUCAUCAUCACUUACACCUUCAAACUGCAAAAUGAAUUCUCCUUUUUUUUUUCUUUU